GAGCGUCACUCGUCACUCGCUGGAGAUCCACUGCUCUGAAGCGCAGUCAACUGCUGGACUGAAAGGUACUGAAAUCGGACCGCGGCACAGGGCUACCUGUUUAUCGAUCGGCCGCGGAGACAGACAGCUUGACCUAAAGCGCCGCUUGGAGAAGAUCCGGAGGGGAGCUCUGGGCCGCCACCGCCACCUCGGCAGCUGCGAGCCGCCAUCGCCUUGGGCCUCCACCCGUCACCACCAUGGCCGAGGAAGAGUCUGCCUCCACAUCUUACACCGAAGAUGAUUUCUACUGUCCAAUAUGCCAAGAAGUCUUCAAAACGCCUGUUCGGGUCGCGGCCUGUCAGCACGUUUUCUGCAGAAAAUGUUUCCUGACUGCAAUGAAGGAGAGCCGGAUCCACUGCCCCCUGUGCCGUGGAAAUGUGACAAGAAGAGAACGAGCUUGUCCAGAGAGAGCUUUAGACCUCGAAACCAUCAUGAGAAGUUUUCCUGGUAAUUGCCGAUGCUGUUCCCAACGCGUUGAACUCUAUCGCAUGAGGCAGCACUACAAAACUUGCGAAAAGUACCAGGACGAGUUUGGAGUUGCUACACCUGCUUCAAGCUUCCAACUCUCUCCAGACUCCGUGGGCAACAGUAACAACGAGGCAUCCGCCUCCGAGAAUGCCGAGGCUUUUCAAGAAGAAGAAGACAACGUGAGCCCACCUGAUCAGCCGACUUUUGAUUGCCCUCUGUGUGAAGAAGUGAACAUGACUAGACAGCGUUUGCUGGAUCAUUGCAAUAGCAGCCACCGAGGUCAUGUUGUGCCAGUCAUUUGCCCGAUUUGUCUCUCUCUUCCAUGGGGCGACCCUACUCAACUCACCAGAAAUUUUGUUAGCCAUCUUAACCAGAGGCAUCAGUUUGAUUACGGAGAUUUCGUGAAUCUUCAGCUGGAUGAGGAAACCCAGUACCAGAUUGCCAUCGAGGAGUCUUUCCAUGUUAACAUCUAGGUUUUCCUCAUCCCGACAAUUGCUCCUACGGGACAAUUUACAUGAAAUCAUCCUUUCAAUAACUUGAUGUUUUAAAUAAAAGUAAUCAGUCUGA